UUUCAUCAAAUACCCCCUUCUGCUUUGAUUUCAGAUCUGGAACCUGGCACUGAGCCAUUGGAAUGGAAUACACGGAUGAAGAUUGCCGUUGGUGCUGCUCGGGGCCUUGAGUAUCUGCAUUCCAAGGCAAAUCCACCUGUUAUCUACCGUGAUUUGAAGUCUUCAAAUAUUUUAUUGGAUAAUGACUUUAAUUCCAAGCUGUCUGAUUUUGGUCUUGCCAAAUUGGGUCCUGUUGGUGACAAAACUCAUGUUUCGACAAGGGUGAUGGGGACAUAUGGCUACUGUGCCCCAGAAUAUGCUAUGAGUGGGAAGCUGACGCUCAAGUCCGAUGUGUAUGGCUUUGGCGUGGUUCUGUUGGAAUUGAUCACAGGAAGAAAGGCAAUUGACACCACUAAGGCACAUGGAGAGCAGAACCUGGUUGCUUGGUCCCGUCCCUACUUCAAAGACCGGAGGAAGUUCAUUCAGGUGGUUGACCCUCUGCUGCAAGGCCGCUUCCCUGUUCGCUCUCUGCACCAUGUAAUUGCCAUUACUGUGAUGUGUCUUCAAGAGCAGCCAAAUUUUCGACCUUUGAUGGGGGAUGUUGUUGUUGCUCUGGAAUACUUGAGCUCUCAACCUUACAAAACAGAGGCACACAGCAGUGCAAAACACAGUCCUCCAUCACCUUCACAACGAGAUAGGAAAAAGAUUUCUCGAGAACCAGAUGUUAGAAAUUCUUUUUAAAGGUUGUGAAGCAGAAUAAGAAUGAGAGAUCUGAUCUGGAGGCACCAAGUAAUUUGUAUGGGUAAUUUAGCUCAGCUGAUUACAGGAUGGACUUUCUAAAAUAAGAAGAAACAAAGAAUGUAGCCCUGUUGCUGUUCAAAGAAUACUACAAGG